AUGGUCCAGAUUUGGUUUUACCCAUCUGCUGCACUAAAAUGUAAAUGUGGAAACUGUAUUAUUCUUUAUGCCAUUGUCUUUACAUGUCGUUAUUUGGAUUUAUUUACACACUAUGUAUCGUUAUAUAAUUCCGUUAUGAAAGUAUUCUAUUUGGUAUCAACUUAUUUUACGUUAUAUUUGAUAUAUCGUAAAUUCAAAUUAUCGUAUGAUAGAAAUCAUGAUACAUUUCGCAUUGAAUUUCUGAUCCUACCUGCAGCAGUUUUAUCACUUAUAUGGAAUCAUGAGUUUUCAUUUUUGGAAAUUUUAUGGACAUUUUCAAUCUAUCUUGAAUCUGUUGCUGUUUUACCGCAAUUAUUUAUGGUUAGCAAAACGGGUGAAGCUGAAACAAUAACAAGUCAUUAUUUAUUUGCAUUGGGUAUUUAUCGUUUUCUAUACAUAUUAAAUUGGGCUUAUCGUUAUUAUACAGAAGGUUUUAUUGAUUGGAUUAGUAUUUUAUCCGGAUGUGUUCAAACAAUACUUUAUUGUGAUUUUUUCUAUCUAUACAUAACGAAAGUUUUAAAAGGAAAGAAAUUAUCGUUACCUGCAUAG